AUGAAGACAGACUCAGAUGAGGUUUCAGCAUGUGGAUUUGGGGAGGGAGGCAAACAUUCAGACCACGGCACACCUUCCCAUUACACGUCUGGAGGCACCUCUUCCAGGGAGCAGACGCACACGGAGCCUCCAGAUUCCUCAAACAGGCCGACCAAAGCCUGGAACGCGUGGUGCUUGCUGUUCGUCCACCGUGAACGCGGGGAAGGCGCCGCAGGCUGGCUGGUGGAAGCCACAGAUGGGCCUGUCAAUUUAGAACUGGUCUAUGACUGCUCAGGUCCGCUGCGACAGAUUUGUAAGAGGCUGGCCACGGGGCUGGGGACAGACCCCUACCCCAAUGCCGCCGCUCCACUUUCCUCCCGGACUCCGCUCGGCUCCCGCCCCCACCUGCUACUCCCCGCUCCGCCUCCGCGCUGCACGCACCCCGCCCCCCGCCCGAAAACUACUCUUCAAAGACUUCCUUCCGGGCCCCGCGAAGCGCAGCGUGCUCGGAUCCGGAGCGGCACAGCGGGCCUCGCCUUCAUCCGCGACAACAAAACCGCCGCUUCCUGGCACACAGACAGCCGAGCCACCGGCGCACCGGGUCCUGCGCUCCAGGCCCCGCAGAGUCACCGCGCCCGGCCCCGCCCCAGGCCCCGCCCCGGCUCCGCGCGCGGCGCCCCCUCCAGCCCGGCUCCCGCGCCCUAUUUGGUCAUUCGGGAGGCCGGCGGCGGGAAGAGCGGCUCGGUCGGCGCGGAGGGACGGGCGGCGGGCUCCGUGCGCUCGCUGAGAGGUUGCUCUCCCCGCCGCAGCCGCCGCCACCUGGGCCGGGGACCCACGAGGCCGCCGCGUCCUGCCCUCGGAACAAUGGGACUGCGCCCGCGAGGUGCCUGGGCCGUGCUCCUCCUGGGGGCGCUGCAGGUGCUGGCGCUGCUGGGGACCGCCCUGAGCGCCCAAGACCCGCCGGGGACUUCAGAUAUCAAGAAUCUUGUAUCUCUGCAAAACUCCACUGCUAACUCAACAGAUAAAACCCAACCUGUGCCUUCUAACAAUACAAGUGAGCCUUCCGGAAGCGCUGUGAAUUCAUCGACUUCAGCUGCCUCGACCUUGAGCAACAUGACAGCCACAACUGUGAAACCCACGUCUAAAAUGGCACCAACACCAGGGGUCUCAAAUGUGACAUCCACCACCUUAAAGUCUACAAGCAAAACAAGUGUUUCACAUAACACAGCCCAGAUGUCGACAUCCUCGAUGACCACAACUCACAGCAGUACGGCGACAUCUGUUUCUUCAUCAGCAACAAUAACAGCAACCAUUCAUUCUGAAGAAAGUAAAAGAUCAAAGUUUGAUACUGGCAGCUUUGUUGGUGGUAUUGUAUUAACACUGGGAGUUUUAUCUAUUCUUUACAUUGGAUGCAAAAUGUAUUACUCAAGAAGAGGCAUUCGGUAUAGAACCAUUGAUGAACAUGAUGCUAUCAUUUAAGGAAAUCCAAGGACCAAGGAAAGAAGAAGUACCGAUGCAACACUGUCAAUUUUGUUUUUUAGUAUAAUAUGUUGAAAAUAGUAUAAACAGGCCAUGCAUAUAAUAUACAACACAUUACAUGAAUAUGAAGAUUCAUCAUAUUACUAAAGGUAACAAGGGCUUGGUUUGGGUUUUCAUGAAUAUUUGUAGCUUAUGCAAUGGUAUUUACUUUUAACAAACACAUAGUAAGAAAAACCUUACCCCAUUUUUGUGGCAUUGAUCACAUAGGACCAGUAAUGAAAGGCAUCUUCACUGUAGGGCAGGAUGGCAUCGGGGCAAAUAAGUAACAGCACUUGAGAUUUUCAAAGCAGGAUGUUUACUAAUGCCACACAACCUGAAGCAUAAUUUAAGAAAGCAUCAACAUUUUAGGUAUUUUAAAAGUAUAGUAGUUGGUCUAGAGGCCAAAUACAUACACAAAAUGUUCAAAUAAAACCCCAAAGAAUACCUGAGCAUAGGCCUGCUAAAGAUCCACUAGAACACUGGCAGGCGUGUAUCUCUGUUAAUAUAACUUCUUUUGACCUUUCAAUUGUUAGUGGAUAUAAUUUUUUUCUUUGUGUAAUUUAGGUAAAUUUCAGUGUUUUAACAUGAUAGUUUUAAGGGUUUAGUUUAAAUAAUCUUGAUAUUACAGGGGGAAAAACUCCUUGAAGUUAGAUUAUUUGCUGUGAGAAAAUUGUCACCACUGGAAAUUGCUUUUGUUUUAUAUUCACUUGUUAAUUUAAAUCUUAUAUUUAGUGAAUAUUUCUAAAGAAAAAUAGCUAAAAUUUUUUUUUUUUUUUUUUUUUAAUUUUUUUUUUUAUUUUAUUUUUUUUGACAGGCAGAGUGGACAGUGAGAGAGAGAGACAGAGAGAAAGGUCUUCCUUUUGCCGUUGGUUCACCCUCCAAUGGCCGCCGCGGUAGCGCGCUGCGGCCGGCGCACCGCGCUGUUCCGAUGGCAGGAGCCAGGUGCUUCUCCUGGUCUCCCAUGGGGUGCAGAGCCCAAGCACUUGGGCCAUCCUCCACUGCACUCCCUGGCCACAGCAGAGAGCUGGCCUGGAAGAGGGGCAUCCGGGACAGGACCGGUGCCCCGACCGGGACUAGAACCCGGUGUGCCGGCGCCGCAAGGCGGAGGAUUAGCCUGUUGAGCCACGGCGCCGGCUUGAAAAAUAGCUAAAAAUUUUUAAUGGAGCCUAAACACACCUAACUUUAAAACAGCAGUCCCUUCUGUGAUCUCCUAAACAGUAUGCUUUAGAGCUCCCUGUAGCAGAAGCUAAUGCUGUAUUGAUGGAAUCAGGGAUUAGGAGGCUAUUCCCAGGCCGUUCAACCUAAAUGAUGAAAAUGCUGCAUUUUUGUGCACUGUCAAUUUUACUCAGAUUUUAGGAAAUGACAUUUGCGUACUAAAAUCACACUGUAUUUUGGAAUACAUUUAUAAAAUUUUGAGAAGAAUAUUUAGACAGGAAAUUUCCUGCUUCCUUCACGUGGUAUUCCCGUUUUCUUACUCUAGUGUUAAAAGGGAGUUACUUUCAGAUAAAUUAUGUUAAUGGAAAGAAAAAAGCAUAGUAUUGUAUGGACAUCACUAUCAGCCAAUGUAUUUUUGGAGUGUUUUCAGUUUAUAUUCCAGCACUUAAACUCAGGGUCAAAUUUUAACAAUAGAGGUAUUUAGUCACACUAAAUACUAAAAUAUUUUUAUCUUAGAGGCCAAACUAAAUCGCACCAAUUGCUCAAAGCCCAGAAAUAAGCCAAGAUGUCUUAAUGAGCAUUCACUAACAUUUAACAGACAUAAAAUACAAGUAAUGACAGCUAUCUAGGAUUGUGAUGUGUCUCCUCACUAUACAUUUUGGCAGAACAAUCUGAUGAAUAUAAUUAUCCAAAAUCCAGGUAUGAUUGGAUCUAUGAAACACGACUAUUUAGACUGAAAUGUGGGCUGAUGGUUGAGGUCUAUAUUACUCUCUGGUCCUGCAACCACAGCUUUCAUUUCUUUGGAAGAUACAGUCAAAAUGUACUUUAGUAAUGAGGAGGCCUGUAACUUUUGUCUCCUACAUUCUUGGUAUUUCAGUACUGCAAGUCAUUCAGAAUUCUGUGUAUUGGCUUGAAGUUUUUCUUGAAUACUUGUUUCCUUAGCACUUUGAAGCUAGAAAACCACUUUUUAAGGAAAUGUCAUUUGCCUUGAAAGUCUCUUCUGCUUUGGGUUGGAAAUACUUAUUUGUUCUCCUCUAUGUAUAUAAGUAGUAUAAUUUGUAACUUUCAUAUAUAAUAGCCAGUACUUUCAGUGCAGUUUGUUAUUUGCAAAAAUGGAGAUGUAAAGCAAAUGUUUUACUUUGGACCACAUUUCUUAAAUGUAUCUAGUUAUGUUUAUACUUGUUUGCAUUCCUUAAGAAUGUUUUUACUUCAAGAUAAAAAACAAUCCAGAGAUGUGAAUAUUAAUUUGGAUAAACUGUAAAAGAACUAUAGAAGUUAUUGUUUCGUAUUUUCAGAAAAAAGUUAAAGUGAACUCAGCUGUUACCUUCUCUCCCCUUUAUAUUAUAAUGACCAGCUUUUGGUAUUUCAUUGUUACUGAGAUCUAUUUUUAGAAUAAAAUUUGUUCUCCUUCUCAGUUUUCAA